AUGAAUGACAAGACAUCAGAUUUGCGAGAUUCUGACUCUAGGAAGGAGGGACUUGACUUCCAUUUGACGUUCCACGUUUCGUGCCCAAAGUGCAAGAUAAAUAAAUACGUUCGGGUAACCCAACCAAGCACAUUAUGUACCAUCAAGUCCAUAUACAGCUCCGCACCCAAGGACCCAGACGAGGGUGGAAGGGAGGGAGAAGGAGGGUUAGAUAGGGAUGAGGAUGUGGAUGUAGAUGUGGAGAAGUUGUUGGAUAUAAAAUAUGGUGGUUUGUGA